UUGUUAUGGUCUUCAGUUCAUCUACGCAAGAAAUUGGAUGCGCUAAAGUAGCAGUUGCCCUAUCGCGUAUUUUAGGAGACGAGUUCUCGUGUGAAAACAGUCUUGAUAAUAUUUCGGCUACGUUAAAUCACUACGUAUCGGAUGCUGAUACGUAUCAAGUUGCACAAACAAUCGAUUUCAUGUUGAGGCAUCCUGAUAUGCUUCCAACCAAGCAUCAGAAAGCUACCGCGUUGUUUCUGAUGUACGAGUUGUUCAAGUCUGAACCCCUUUAUUUCAAUCCAUUCGCCCAUGUUUUCGUGGAGAUGCUGGAUAACCAGAGUCCCAUGUCUUUGCGAAUUUUCUGCAGCCAUCUCGCGAAUGUGCACGGUGACCUUGGUGAUUCACCAGCUUCGUCUGUUCUUCAUGAAAUGCUACGGAAAACUCCUAAGAUACUUGUGCAUGAGUUUGAAUCUCUAUCCAGUCAAGCAAUAUUGGAUACAACUUCUUUUCUGAGUGCUGUCGCCGCAGAGAUGGAAUCUAUGCCGUCAGUGGAAAAGGCUGCUGUAAGUGCAAUAAUUGCAAAUCCAAUGCCUCAGACGCUGAAUCCUCCAAAUAGCUAUAUUCAGAUAGCGAAAACAAUAGAGGCUGCUCUUCCUUGUCUUGAUGCCACUCUUAACCCUGCCUCAUUCAUUUUUCGAAUUCCACCGCCAGUCUUUCAAUCCGAUGAUGGAAGUGACUUGAUUUGGAUGAACCCUCUGGACAGUGAGCACAAGUUUCAGUUCGACGAUACAGUUUUCAGUGAAAAUAGUUCAAAUAAAGCCGAUCAGGCCGCCGACACUGGAUCAUCGGAUGCUACUGGUGUUAGCACGCAUCUGAAAAAUCUACUAGAAUCUGCAUACAAAACUACGCUGUCUAAUGAUCAGUUGGCUGAAAUCAAAAAUGAAUUGAAAAGUGUGAAAAAUACAAGCGGUCUUAGGUUCUGUGUUGGGCAUCUUGCCGCGCUCACAGAGCACAACCCGACGGCCGCUGUUGAUUUGCUUCUUAAGGUUUUGGUUUCAAGUGGAGAAGGCAGUGAGCACCAAAUGCUGGAGUUCCUAAAAGCCUUAGUGAACAUUGAAAUGUCAGUUCACUCCAUGGAAGUAGUCAAUCGGCUAACAAACGAGGUUGAGCUACCGAAUGAGUUCAUUCACAUGUACAUUUCGAACUGCAUCCAGACUUGUGAAGCGAUUCAAGACAAGUUCCAUCAGAACAGAUUGGUCCGUUUGUUGUGCGUGUUUUUACAGUCGCUGAUACGAAAUAAAGUAGUCAAUGUCUCUGACCUCAUGGUUGAAAUGCAGGCGUUUUGCAUUGAGUUCAGUGGCAUCCGAGAAGCUGCAGCUCUAUUCAGGCUGAUGAAGUCUUUAGAUUCUGGAUCUGGCAGUGAUGCUUCCACAAAGCAGUCCGCAAAUGGGAAAAACUAGAACUACAUUAGUAUUCAGCUCAAAAUUAAUAUUGUGAUUUGUUAAUUGAACAGCAAUUGCUGUGCAAACUAGCAGUUAGUUGUCAGUCGUUUUCAGGAUCGAGGAUAGUUUGGGGCUCUGAAUUGGGAGGCAGUUAGGACCUGUUACCUGCAACACAACAACCUCCCUCCCCCUCCUGGAUUUUUUUAGGAAUUGAACUUUACUUUGACAUUGCCCGAUUGUUUUCAAGUUUGACAUUUAUAGCAAUUAUCCAGUUCGGAACACCUUUAAUCUUUAGUUUCA